ACUGCUAUUUUCUGCUUGCAGAUAUUCUUCUACGAGGACAAGAACUACCAGGGCCGCUACUUUGAAUCCAGCAGCGACUGUCCCGAUCUCAGCUCCCACGUGAGCCGCUGCAGUUCCAUUCGGGUGGAAGGCGGCACCUGGGUGCUCUACGAGAGAGCCCAGUACCUGGGCUACCAGUAUGUGCUGGUGCAGGGCGAGUACCCAAACUCCCAAAGCUGGAACGGCUUCAACGACACCAUCCGCUCUUGCCGCCUGAUCAGACACCCUCCCAGUAGACACAGGAUUCGCAUCUACGAACGAGCAGAUUUCGAGGGCCAAAUGAUGGAGUUCAGCGAGGACCAGCCCAACCUUCAGGACCGCUGGCGCUAUCGGGACGUACACUCGGCUCACGUCCAAGAUGGCAUCUGGGUCUUCUACGAGCAGCCCAACUACAGGGGGCGCCAGUACCUGCUGGAGAAGGCCGAAUACAGGCGCCACGCCGAGUGGGGGGCCCUCCACCCGACUGUGGGGUCCAUGAGACGCGUCGUGGACUAUUAAACCAGCACGCCCACGCAAAGCGCGGUCCCAUUCUUCUCCACGUUUUCCUUCCCUUGAAAUCCCCCGCAAUAAAUGCACAAGCUCA